CGUCGAGCGAGUCGUGACUCGUGUCAGUGUCGCUCGAGCUCCCGCAGCGACAGGUCGCGCGCGCCGCGCAGCACUCCGCGCCUCACGUGCUCCGCUCUCUCGACGGCAUGUUGUGUUUACUGUUGACGGUGUGCCGGUGAACUUCCGAGUGCAUUCCGAACUUUCACAUCGAGGAAACUUCUAAACUAAAUAAGCGACAGUUCAGUGCAGAAACAGUGCUCUCGGACCUCGGCGGAUUUACUAUGCGGUGUCGUAUGUGCGGUCGCGCGCGGUGAGACCCGCGAUGCUGGCGACGGCGCUGCUCGCGCUGCUGUGCGCGCGCGCGGCGCGCGGCGAGCAGGCCGCGCGGCCGGCGCCCGCGCUCGUGCCGCGCUGCUGCCCGCCCGCGCACAGCCUGGCGCCCGACAGCCUGCGCGUGGACGAGCUGCGCGCCGCGGACGUGGCGGCGGCGUGCGCGCCCGACGAGCGCGCGUGGGCGCCGCUCGUGUUCGCGCCCGCGCGCAACCGCUUCCUGGAGCGCGGCUUCGUGCCGCAGAACUGGCGGCUGGCGUACGCGGCCGUGCCGGCGUGCGACGCGCUGCGCGUGCUGCGCGAGCACGCGGCGGCGUACGCGCUGCUGGCGCACAGCGGGCGCCUGCAGGUGCGCGGCGGGCCGGCCGCGUUGCCGCCGGAGCGCUUCUGCGCGGACGCGGAGGCUGCGCUGGCGUGCGCCGAGGACGUGGGCGGCGGCGGCGUGGCCAAGUGCUGCGCGCCCGGCCACGCGUUCGACGGCGGGCGCUGCGCGGCGGCCGAGGCGCGCGCCGAGCGCACCAUGGAGGAGCUGCGGCGGCUGGGCAACGGCAGCGCCGUGCGCGCGGGCUGGCCGGCGUGCGCCGAGGGCUCGCAGUACGCGGUGGCGGGCGCGCUGGCCGGCGCGGCGCUGGAGACGGACGGCGCGCUGCGGCUGGGCGCGGCGCGGCUGGCGGCGGGCGCGUGGUGCGCGGAGGCCGUGGACGCGGCGGAGGGCGCGCGCGUGCUGGCGUGCGCGCGGCCGGCGGCGGCGCGCUCGGCGCGGCACGUGGUGUACGGCGCGGGGCUGGCGGUGGGCGCGGCGUUCCUGGCGGCCACGCUGGCGGCCGGCUUCGCGCUGCCGGCGGCGCACCACGCGCUGCACUGGCGCUGCCAGACGCACUACGUGGCGGCGCUGAUGCUGGGCGACGCGCUGCUGGCGGCCACGCAGCUGGCGGGCGAGCGCGUGCCGCCGCCGCUGUGCCGCGCGCUGGCCGUGUGCAUGCACUUCCUGUUCCUGUCGGCGUUCUUCUGGCUCAACACCAUGUGCUUCAACAUCUGGUGGACGUUCCGGGACUUCCGGCCCACGUCGCUGGAGCGCGGGCAGGAGGCGUGCCGCCUGCGCGUGUACAUGGUGUACGCGUGGGGCGGGCCGCUGCUGCUGGCGGGCGCGGCGGCCGUGCUGGACCGGCUGCCGGCGGGCGCGGCGCCCGGCGUGCUGCGGCCGCGCUUCGCCGUGCAGCGCUGCUGGUUCUACGGCGACAUGGAGAUCCUCGUGUACUUCUUCGGGCCCGUGGGCGUGCUGCUGCUCGUGAACCUGGCGCUGUUCGCGUCCACCACGCGCCAGCUCACGUGCGGCCUGUGGCGGCGCGACGAGGUCAAGUCCACGUCGGAGCGCGCGGCGCUGGGCCGCGUGUGCGCCAAGCUGGUGGUGGUGAUGGGCGUGACGUGGGGCGCCGACGUGGUGUCGUGGGCGGCGGGCGGGCCCGAGUACGUGUGGUACGCCACGGACCUGCUCAACGCGCUGCAGGGCGUGUUCAUCUUCCUGGUGGUGGGCUGCCAGCCGCACGCGUGGGCCGCGCUCAAGCGCGCCGCGCACGCGUGGUGCGCGCGCGCGCCCGCCUCGUCGUCGCAGCUGCCGUCGUGCGGCGAGUCGCUCACGCACACCACGGCCGCGCCGCCCGCGCGCCUUCCCAUGGAGACCGUGUGCUGACCGUGUGCUGACCGUGCGCUGACCGUGCGCUGACCGUGCGCUGACCGUGCCUAGUGCGACGCUGUGACAGUACUCCUGCUCCCACGUGAAGUGCCACGUAUUUAUUCUGCAGUAUUAUUUUUGUACUAUCGUAUGUGAGGACUGAGGAUUGCGACUGCAUCGACUGUCGGUGUGUAGAGGCUGUAUAUAAGUAAACAUAGGUAUCGUAGAGUGUACUACGUCUGUAUGUAUAUAAUAAGUACUGUUACUUGUACGUAUUUGUAUGAUAAUAAUAAUUAAAGAUUAUGUAUGUACGACUGUACGUGUUAUUAUAUAACAAAGCAUUUGAUGGACUAUUGACGAAAUGUCUUCGCCGAACGUCUCGCCCGUUUGAUUCGAUGUUAAAAUAGAACUGAAUGUGGAAAUAAAUUGUUUUAAUUAA